UACUAUAUCUGAGGCGGCACGGAGACUAGUUAACAAUGGGCAGCGCAUCCGCGGUGGCGCCGCAGCCGAAGCGAUCCACGGCGGCGCCGCCAGCGACUGGCAUGGCCAGACGCGGAUGGUUGACGGAGGGGGACGACCGUCACGGGCUCGCGCGCAGACGGAUAGACCAUGAGCUCAUGGAUCUCUGGCUCGACCCGCCGCCGUACUGCCGGCCCGGGCCAGCGCGAGUGAAGGACCGCUUCCACUGGGCGGUGAUCAUCGACGGCCCCGCCGGCACCCCCUACGCCGGCGGCACGUUCCCGGUCGACGUCUGGUUCCCCGCCAGCUACCCCUUUCGGCCCCCGAAGCUCGUCUUCAAGACCAAGGUGUACCAUCCGAACAUCGACUGGAAGGGGAGGAUGGUGCUGGACACCUUCCGGGAGAAAUGGUCGCCGGCGUUCACGAUCAGCAAGCUCCUCGUGGCCUUCGUCUCCGUCCUCUUCGACCCGCUGCUCGAUCACCCGGUCAGCCGCCGCAUGGCCCGGCAGUACGAGCACGAGUACGAGCUGUACGAGAGGAAGGCCAUGGCGUGGACGGCGAAGUACUCCUCGGAGCCGAUCGUUUCGCACUACCCGGCGUUCGCGGUCGUCGCCAUCACGCCGCCGGCCGUUCCUCACUUCCCGGCAACGGCGGCCAGGAGGAAUUCUGCCGCAUCUUCAAACAGCAGCCGCAUCGGACUGCGUGUUAAGGACGAGAAGAGUCUCUGGGGAAGGACAGUGAGGAUUGUUCAGGGCUGGGCUGGUCACCAUACCAUCUACUGCACUAUAGAUUAGCUAAGUUAUUUCUUCCAGGCAAAUUAGGAGAGCAAAAAAAACCAGUUGUUUCUAUAUUUUCAUUUACUGGCUCGGGAACUAUAUAUAGAGUUUUAUCUGAGCAAUGCCUGGGAAGCGAUAUGAUCACAUAUCGAUGAGUUACGCUACGUACUUUCCUUCAAUAAGAAUAUUUCUAGAUUUUUAUUGCCUUCUGCAAAAAAAAAAUGAGUACAAAAUCUCAUUAUCUCAAAUUUGUAAGGUAGAUUCUUAGCUUUCUAGUAGUUAGUUCUAUUGUUUAUACUAUUAAUAUAUAUCAAAAGUCAGCUAAUCUUUCGUUCUUCGUACUUCGUACACGAAAGAACGGAGGCUUAGUCAUCUCUUCAGGUCAAGAAUAUUGUAUCCUACAACGCAAAUGUCUAGAGAUCACAACGAUCACAACAGGGCAGUGACAUGGCUAUGACUCUAUGAAUGUUGAUGAAACAAAGUCAUUCAUCUAUGUCU